AUGACCAUAACCCUAGCCGGCAUGCCCCUAUCAGUCUGCCCCCACUUCCGGUACCUUGGUUCACUUGUCCAAAGUGACGGUGAGGUAGACAGGGACGUGAUGCAUCGGAUCAAUUCUGGAUGGAUGCAGUGGCGACAGGUAACUAGCACUAUUUAUGACUCCACGGAUGCCCCUCAAACUGAAGGGCAAAAUUUACAAAUCCGUAAUAAGACCUGUCGUCCUGUAUGGAUCAGAGUGUUGGGCAUUGAAAAGAAGGAUGAGAAUAGAGUGCAUGUAGCAAAGAUGAGAAUGUUGAGAUGGAUGUGUGGGUUAACAGAAUGGACAAAGUCAGGAAUGAGUAUAUCAGAGGAAGCCUGA